AUGCAGUCACUGGUUGAGCUUGCAGUCGUGGCUGUGGCGCACUUUACGCCCGUCCAAGAGCUUCUUUAUUAUGUGGAGUAUUUGCCCAUUGCCAUUCGUUGUCAUCUCUUUCGUGAGUUGUCGAAUCUCCGGCUGCGAGAGAUGGAAAUGGCAUGGGAAGCAGCUGCCCAGCUGAAAGCACCGGAACCACGCGAUGGCUUUGAUCCGCUGGCUGGUGACAAGUUUCUGUUUGAUCGUGAGACGCAGUAUGUCUGGAGACUUCGUAUGAAUGAGAUCCAAUUGAGCAAUGAGGCUAUUACUAUUGAGAACACGGCAGCAGCGCAGGGACGCAGACGUAAUUAUCGACUUGUGUUCUGGGAGCACCAGUUCCGCACGUUGCUUAAGCUUCGAACGCCACUGAAGCGCGAAGGACUUGUAGAUGUCCUGUCAGAGUGUCAGGAACUCUUUCUGGACGUUGUGCAGGUGCUCAAAGUGCACGGCCGUGAGGUCUGUAAAGAUAAUGAGAAGCUCAUUUUAGCCCUUCGACAGCUCCGGAGACUAGAAGUGCACCAUCCAGAGCAGCAAAACACUUGCUGGGAAACUAUGGAACGAUUGAUACAGCAUCACCCGCAUGUAGAAGAGAUAGGAUUCUUUCACGGCAAGUUGAGUAAUGACCAGAUAGCUCAACUUCGCACCAUGCUAGUGACGCCAACACCAACGGUGAUAAAGAGACUGGACACUAGCAGAAUCACGACGCUGGAGUUGGUGUCGGUUAAAAUUCGAUCGGAAGGCUAUCGGCAGCUGGCAAAUCUAGUGCCGGAGAUGCCACACUUAGUGCAAUUGAGACUGAGCAACUCCAUUGCGGAUUUUGACACGAAGCUGCUCAUCGAUGCAGCAUUUCGUGCUUCAAAACUACAGAAUCUCUUCUUGGAGCACAACGAGUUAGAAGAUGAUGCGUUCAUUGGACUGACAAAGAUACGAAAACCACUGGCAUUGCGCCACCUCCGCCUCAGUGACAACAAUGUGUCAUGUACAACAGCAGGAGCGAUCUGUAGCGCAAGUAUGGAUGGUGUACUGAAUCUAGAACGUCUUGAGUUGACAAACAAUGUGCAGAUCGGCGACCCAGGUAUACACGCUCUGACACCAAUGCUAGCGUCUCCAGGUGCUGGACCGGCUGCAGUGCUGACUCAUCUGGACGUUCGCUGCUGCAAUUUUGGCCUCGAAGGUGUUACCAGUCUGCUGCUAGCACUAGGUCAUAACAAGACCGUCAAGCAUUUGAAUAUCGCUCAAAACUUUUGCGACGUUGCCUUUGGCGAUGUGCUUGCAGAUUUUCUGUCAACUAACGACUCUAUCACUCACCUACAAGCGAACAGCGUUGGGCUCGGACUAGCAGGUGUGUCUGCUCGUCUGUUAACAGCACUGGAGAGCAACCUCACUCUCAUCUCUCUCUCGAUGGGAGCAAAUCGGUUGCGGGAUGACGGUGCGUCCGCACUUCUUCGUGCACUUGUUAAACGGGCACAGAUGAAACCAUUCAUGCUUGUCGAUCUGAGUGGAAACUUACUCACAUUGAGCGGGCUUGCGACGAUAGCGGGCAUCUUGGAAAACACUCGCGACACUAAUCCUACUUACUCCGGCACCUCCGUACGAAAUAGCUUCAAUGAACAAGAAGAAACAGUGGCUCGGAAGCGUCGACGACUCACUAGCUCGGGCAAGCGCCAUGACGCAACAAGUCCGUGCAAUAGCAGCGGUGUUCCAAUUGAAGAGUUAUGCCUGCUGAAUAACGAUUUUAACGGACACGACGAGCAAGGGGGUGAUAGUUUGACGCUAAUCGAGUCAAUCCGGCGUCGUGUAGGCCGUUUAAAGAGCAACGAGUGGGCAGUACAACACCAAGUGUAUGAUGAUGAAGUGUAG